GGCUGAAUAAACAAAUGGUGUUUGUUUUUGUUUACAUUGAGACCGGCAGCUUUUGUGAAAUAUUAAAUUUAUGUUUUAAAAAAGAGGUGUAUUUUUAAACCAAAUAUUUGAUCUUAAAUUCAAAACAGAUGAUGGCUAUUCCCCCGAGAGACUCUGCUGAACUUAUUGCACGCAUCGCUAAAAACGUUACAAUUUCAAAAGAUGGAAUUUUGAAGGCUGUUAACUUUGUCGUAAAAAGUUUUGAGGAAGAAAACAUUGAUUUAAGAACUUGGAAGAAUCAUCCACUCAAUCCCAAAGACCCUAUGCUUCCAUUUACUGUGGAUUGGAUAUUUCUGGUUGACACUUUAAACUUUUCUUUCUGGUCUGAGCCUGGCAAGGAGUAUAGAAUUACUUUUCAUGGUGAAACUUAUACAGGAUACUGGUCGUUAUGUGCUGCUGUUAACAGAGCCAUUGAAGAAGGCUAUAACAUUACUUCUCCAGUAUAUUACUCAAAUGUGUCUAUGGAUGCUCUGCAGCAUAUAUUUAGAUCUGAUACAGGGACUGAACUGCCUAUGCUAGCCGAAAGGCAUAAAAUUUUAAAUGAAUCUGGGAAAACUCUUGUUGAUAAAUUCGAAGGUACAUUUGUAAAGUGUAUUGGUAUGUGUGAGCAAAGUGCUCAAACACUGUUAAAACUAAUUAUCGACAAUUUCCCAUCGUAUAGAGAUGAAGCAACAAUUGAUAGCCACAAAGUGUCUUUUUAUAAGCGUGCACAAAUUCUCAUUGGGGACAUUUGGUGUUGCUUUGAAGGAAAAGGGUGUGGUGCUUUUAAUGAUAUUGACACUAUUACAAUAUUUGCCGAUUACAGAAUCCCACAAGCUUUGGUUUAUUUAGGAGUUUUGAAGUAUUCAGAUGAACUGAAUAAUAUAUUAAAAAAAGAUCAACUAUUGGUGAAUGGAAGUCAAAUGGAAGUUGAAAUAAGAGGCUGUAGUAUUUGGGCUGUUGAGCUUAUUUGUCAAAGCAUAAAAGAAAAACAAAACCAAGGCAUCAUACCAAAGAAUGAUUUAAUCAAUCCAAUCUUAGUAGACCAUUUCCUUUGGGUGUACAGACGAAAAUUUGCAAAAGAAAUGGAGCAUGUACCUUUCCAUAAAACUCGCUGUAUUUACUACUGAUUUGGUAAUCAGAAU